AUGCAGUGCCCGGCAUGCGACAGACUGUUGCCAAAAAACUUCGUCGCAGAUUCGUUGUGGAGGUGGCAACAGGGUGGUGGCCCUGAGCCCGAUUGGGUGUGGUGCUGCAGGGCAUGCGAGCUGCAAAAGCCGGUGGAUCAGAAGACGACAUGGUGGUUUUGGAAGAAAUUCCUCUACCAGCUCAAAAAACUGGAGCGCCACGGUGUCCCAGAACUCCUUGAGGAAUACUCCCAGGUUCAUCGCAACGUCAACCAUGAUGCGUGGCACCUGCGUGCUGAUGCACCUCGGCUGGGCCACAAAAUCCCGGCUUUGCUGUUGCGUCUGCUGGGAUGCGAUCACUUCGACACGCCUUGUGGAGGCGGAAGGUGGUUCGAAGCGUUCAUGGAGCACUCGCGACAGGCCAACUUGGACGAUGUGGCUGACGCGAUGGAGAAAAGUGCUUUGUAUCUGUGGCAGACUUUGAAGUACAGCUCUUAUGACCACAAUGAAAUAGAUGCCAUGAUCACGAUCAGCGUUCAACUUCACAGCCUCGAGAAGGAGAUCUGGAGCAAAGUAGGCUGGAUGGAUCGUGCAGCAGCACAGGCUAUUACUAAUUAA